AUGUCAGCCGAGAAGGUUAAGAAUCUGCGCCUGCAGCGGAGAGGGGCAAAAGCCAAGUUGACCAGGUUUGGAAAGGCCCUUCAGAGCUUGAUCGAUGGAGAGCGACCUGUUCCAGAAGUUCAGGAAUCGUUUGCACAGUAUGCUGGUGCUUUUGAGGAUUUACAAAAUAAGCAUGACAGUUAUUCGGAAGUGCUAGAGGAUGACGAGGAAUUUGAAAGAGAAGAGUUGUGGAUGGAAGAGUGCCACAAUUCAUUUUUGAAGCUGCAGAUCCUUGAAAGAGACUAUUGCAAAGAUAAUGAGAGCCACAGAGAAGCACAGCAGCUCCAAGAGCAUCAUCUUAGAGCAUCGACAAGCCAUCAGAGUAUGGAAACAACUUUAUCAGCAGAUGAACAGCAAGAUCAGUCACCAAGACAGACAAAUCAGCCUCCUGAAGCAGGAAGGAGAAUGUCAGGAUCUGUUUAUAGGAUGGAAAGGCCUAAACUUCCCACCUUUGAUGGCAACAUCCGUGAUUACUGCAUUUUCAAGGCAGAUUUUUUACAUGCUGUUGGCAGACAGUAUGAGGAUAGAGAUGCCCUAAUGAUUCUGAGGUCAUGUUUACAGAGCAAACCCUUGCAGUUGAUUAAAGGAAUUGGGCAUAACUACCAAGCAGCAUGGGAACAGUUGGACAUGAUAUAUGGAGAUGAGCGCUUUGUUGCCGACGCUAUAAUCAAUGACAUCUCAAAAGUCAAACCACUCAAAAGCGGAGAAGAUGAAAGAUUUUGUGAGUUUGUGCAUCUCGUUCGGAGGAGUUACAAUACCCUCAUGGAAAUCAACCAGCCAGGAAAUUUGAACAAUAGCCAUAUGCUUGCCAUAAUGGAAAGGAAGCUAAGCCCGGAAGACCGACUGGUGUGGUUUAGGCAUCAAGAGGCAAGUGGCAAGGCAAGCUUUGAAAUGUUUCUGACAUGGCUUACAGUUGAACUGAAGUCAAGGAUGAGAGCUUCGGCCCCAGUCCGAAGUGAUUCGAAGUCAAGUGGUGUACAUCUAGUCGGGAAGACAGUAGCCAGCCAGGAAAACAAAGUCCAGAGGUUAUUUCACAAAUGCUGGCUCUGUGAAACAUCAUCACAUUGGCUUGAUCAGUGUCGUAAGUUUUUAGCCAUGUCACAAUCCGAGAGACUGAAGCUACUCAAGGAUCAUCAUGCCUGUUAUAGCUGUCUAAAGAAGGCUGGUAAGGAUCACAGAAUGUCAAACUGUAAACGGAAACGUCGAUGUAGUGAAACUACUGCCGGAGAACCAUGCAAGUACUUCCACCACCCCCUCCUUCAUGCUUCAACAGAGGUCCGAGGUGGAAAUGUAGAUGUCGCCUUUGCGGGCAACUCUGAGGCACUGUUACCCGUAGUUACAGCGGAGAUCCUGGGGCAACAAGGAGCAGUCUGUAAGGGAAAUGUGCUCUUAGACUCUGGAGCUCAAGUAAGCCUCAUCAAGAUGUCUGUUGCUAAGGAGAUGAAUCUGAAGGGAAGCAACAUAAAUAUCACAAUCACUAAGGUUGGUGGAGAGCAAGAGCAGAUGGAAACCAAACAGUAUCAGAUAAAAGUGAGGUCCCUCUCUACCAAUGCCAUUCAUUCUUUAGCAGCAGUGGCAUUACCCUGUAUCAGUGAAAAUAUUGCACAAGUGAAGAUGAAUGAAAUUUCCAAGCAGUUUAAUCUGAAGUCUGAGGAUCUACGCAGAGGAAGUGGGUCAGUUCAUCUUCUCAUAGGUAUUGACUACCCAAAGAUGCAUCUUGGUGAAACGAGAGAGAAGGGACAGUUAGUAGCCCGAAAAUCCCCACUGGGCUGGGUCAUCUUUGGUGCUCCCAAAAGAAGGAAUGAUAGGAUGAAUGUGCUGCAUGUGAAGUUGACAUCCCCAAUUGACUUGACCGAUUUCUGGAGCUCAGAAUCUAUGGGGGUGCAGUCUAGUUCCUGCCAUUGUGAGCCAAGCCCUUUGAGCAAGCAGGAGAAGGUUGAGGAGCAGAUUAUCAGAGAGUCUAGUAGAAAGGUUGGAAACAAGUGGGAGAUUGCUUAUCCAUGGAGAAAGGAUCCCAACCUACUUCCUAACAAUCGAGCACAAGCAGAGAAGGUACUGUGUUCGACUGAGAAAAGACUAGCUCGAAACCCAGACCAUGCAGAUGCAUAUAGAAAACAAAUGAGGGAACUGAUAGAGAAUGGAUUUGCACGAAAGUUAACAGAGAAUGAAGUAGCUCAGUACGAGGGUCCUGUUCACUACAUUUCCCACCACGCUGUUCUCCGGCCUGAGAAGAGAAGUACCCCUGUACGCAUCGUCUUCAAUUCGUCUUCAUCAUAUCAGGGUCAUUGCUUAAAUGACUAUUGGCUAAAGGGUCCAGAUCUUCUCAAUGAUCUGCUUGGAGUGUUGCUGAGAUUCCGGAUGAAUGAAGUAGGAUUUUGUGGUGACAUUUCUAAGAUGUAUCACAGGGUCUCAAUUCCUGAGAGAGAUAUGAAUGUACAUCGGUACCUGUGGCGAGAUAUGGAGACUGAUAAAAAGCCAGAUGUUUACAUUAUGAAAGUUGUUACAUUUGGCGACAAGCCAGCACCAGCUAUGGCCCAGUUGGCACUCAGGAUGACAGCAGAAGCAGCAAAUGUGUCGAUUAAUAUAGAAAAUAAAGGAGAAAAACAAGGAAAAAAAAUGUAG